AUUGCGCAGUCUGGAAAGCCCGCCCGCUCAUACAAGAAGCUGGGUAAGUUGUCUUUAGCUUCCUCAUAGUGAAAGUAGGACAAACUUUCUCCAACUCUUCAGUCACAGCAAGUAAAUGUGUGGGCAUCUUAUGAAAAUACGCAAGGACAGCUAUUGAACUCCAGGGAAACACACAGACAGUGAGGCCUCAUAGAUCAAUGGGUCUUUUUAACAAUAUCAAGUUUUUUGUACUGUGUCAUGGAAUGCUCCAGCUGGCUCAGCUCAUGGUGUCUGGCUAUCUGAAGGGCUCCAUAACCACCAUCGAGAAAAGAUAUGGAUUUUCCAGUCAGAAAUCAGGACUGCUGGCUGCUUUCAAUGAGGUGGGGAACACGGUUCUUAUCGUGUUUGUGAGUUUCUUUGGGAGCAGGGUUCAUCGGCCGAGAUGUAUUGGAAUUGGAGCUUUGUUCGCAAGUCUGGGAGUGUUUCUUAUAUCGCUGCCCCACUUUAUUAGUGGAGAGUAUGAUUAUACAGGUUCUGGAAGCAAUGGCAUAAACAACAGCUCCGGCCUUUGUCAGUCAGAGAGAAUUCUCCCAAAUGAAGCGUCCAAUCAGACGUGCAAUCAAGAAAAAGCCAACGCCCACCUAGGAGUGUAUCCAAUCCUUCUAAUGGGCCAGUUACUGUUGGGUAUUGGCGGAGUCCCCAUCCAACCGUUUGGGAUUUCCUACAUAGAUGAUUAUUCCAAAAAGAGGAAUUCUCCAUUUUACCUAGGAAUACUGUUCGCUGUGACUGUAAUAGGGCCAGCCUUCGGCUACAUCAUGGCAUCAUUCAUGCUCCGUUUCUUUGUUGACAUUCACAAGAUGAAUGAAAUCAACUUUAAUAAUAAAGAUGCCAAAUGGGUGGGAGCCUGGUGGCUGGGAUUCCUGGUGGCCGGGACGAUACUUUUCCUAACAUCUUUGCCAUACAUGUUUUUCCCAAGGAAGAUGACCAAAGAGGAAACCAUAGAGGUCUCUGCAGAACCAUCAUCUGAGAAAAUGAUAGAGGACAAGAGACCCAAAACUGAUACAAUGGAAGACAUGUCGCUCACCGAGUUCCUAAAAAGCUUCCCCAAAAUUUUAAUGAGAACUUUACGGAACCCAAUUUACCUGUUGGUAGUGCUGGCUCAGGUAAACCUGGCUGCCAUGGUAGCGGGACUGGCCACUUUUAUGGCCAAAUUCAUAGAGAAGCAGUUCAAACAGACGACCUCUGAUUCUGCAAUGAUGAUAGGUGGUUUGAAUAUUCCCUCAGCCAUGUUAGGCAUUAUGAUUGGAGGAGUUAUCCUGCGCAGACUGAGUCUUUCCGUCAGAUCCUCAGCUUUGAUGUGCACGACAGUGGUUCUUCUCAGUAUUUUCUUUGCCAUUCCACUUCUCUUCCUUGGCUGCCCCACACAGAGAAUUUUUGACAUGGACCGUUUUGGCGGAACGUCCCAACAGUGCUCCUCAUGUUCCUGCUCUACUGACGUUUUCAACCCUGUGUGUGGCUCAGAUGGAGUGGAGUUUCGCUCCCCCUGCCAUGCAGGAUGCAGGAUAGAAAUCAAAUCAGAAACUAAUGAAAUUAAGAACUACACAGACUGUGCAUGUGUGGCCUCGGGAACGUCUCUGGGUUAUGCCACCCAAGGACCAUGUGGAAGUGGCUGCACCAACCUUCUCAUUCCCUUCAUGGUCCUUUCUUCCAUCACUUGCUUUGUGGCUUCUCUUUCUCACACCCCAUCAUUUAUGAUGAUCCUCAGGACUGUGACUCCGCAGGAUAAGUCCUUUGCUUUGGGAAUCCAGUUCAUGCUCUUUAGAGUCCUUGCAUUCCUCCCAGCACCCGUACUGUAUGGUCAUGCCAUUGAUACCACCUGCAUUAAGUGGGGAGAAAAAUGUAACAGGACAACAUCGUGUAUCUACUACGAUUUAGACCAUUUCAGACACAGGUUCCUGGGACUCCAGAUUUUCUUUAUAUGUGGUGGCUUCGUCUCUUUCCUUCUGACGUUUCUGGUGCUUCGAAAGCUUAACUCGACCCAACAGCAGAAUGACCAAAAUAAUGACAAGAGCAAACAUGAAGACAGAGAAAUGAAAGAUGUCAAGCAGCUGUUGAGCUCUUCAAAUGGACGCUGCAGUACACAACGGAGUGUUUAAAGAGUAAAACAGCAGGAAACAGAAGGAUAGGAAUCUCCCUUUAGGGGCUGAAAGGAGAGAAGCGAUAAGAGACAGAUCUUGAGAUCUCUCAGCUCUCCUCUAUAAUCUUAACUGCAUGCAGCUCUUCAAGCUAAGACAGGCCAAGUUGUUGUCAGCAUGUGAACAUCUGUGAAUAGCUGUUUUCUGUGAAACAUCACCGUUCUUCUGCCGAAGAUAUAAGCCAUCACUUUAAAACAUGUUAAUGUGUUUGUAUAACACGUCUUUAUAGAUGUUGUCCGUGAGCGCGGUGUGUUGGGGGGUUUAAAUGACACUUAAUACUGAUGCUGAUAAUGUGAAAACGUUUUAACUCUCGAUUGAGUUUAGACAAGGAGCCAAGUAUAUACUGUAGGGAGUUUUAUUGUUGGUGCCCUUUUUUAUCAAGUACAUAACUGUGAUGUUUUCAUGAUAAAGCUGCUUUUGCUUUUUUAUUAUAACCUAAAUGCACACUAAUAGAGGCAUUCUUCUUUGGUUUCAUUGCAUUUGAAAUAUAUUACAUCACUUUAAAUGUGUCAGUGUAAGCAACAUGUAUUCAUACUGUUAUAUUAAUAUCUUCAUAUGUUUGAUAUGUUUAUAUGUUUGUACAGUUAACAAAUCACAUGAUUACAUGUGAUGUACCUUAAACUUUGCAUAACUAUACGGUUAUGUGUUUUUUUCAACUAUGUAUGAGUUUUAUACGCGAUAACCAACUAAAGCCUACGAAAAUACAAAUCUCAGAUUUCGUUAAUCGUUCAUGUUUUGUUUUGAAGAGGAAGACGUUUAUUAAACACACAUUUACAAGCCGAAUAAUCAAAUGUAAAGUGACAAUUAUAUUUUGGUAAUUGUAAUAAUUGUUUUAUACUUUCAAUCUUUUCUGUCAGAUUACUAUUACAAUUCAACAUUAUGUAAUUGUACUGAAUGUGCUUUUGUUUAAAAUAAAACAUAGACGGGCAUAAAAACUGUGUGUUGGAGGAAAUUAAGCCGCUGGAAUGUUGAGUUAAAGGGGUCAUAUGACAGGGCUAAAACGAAUAUUAUGGUUUGUUUUAGAUGUAAUGCAAUGCGUAUACAUGAUUUAAGGUUCAAAAAUGCUGAAUUUCCACAUAGCGUGCAUGUUUGUAUCUCCUCUUUGCCCCGCAUCUCUGAAACGUGCAGAUUUUUAACAUAGGUGUUCUAUGAUUGGCCAGUUAACCAGUGUGUAGUGAUUGGUCGAAUACUGCAAGCGUGUGAUGGAAAUGUAACGCCUCUUACCAUAUUUGGAACAUACUGACAGUAUUGACUUGCGUAUACAUUUGGGCGGUCUUAGUCAAAUCAUACCAUGAGCUGACGUGGAUUUGUGGGGGUGUGGUUACACGAGGCGUUUCAGGCAGGUCUGGGUGAGCAUUCGCUUUUAGAUAGAAUGCAUCUUUUGUUCCCACACUUUAAUUUGUGCAAUUUUACGUGUCUAAUACAUGCACGGGCAACUUAUAACACACCAAAGACACAGAAAAACACGCCAUAUGAUCCCUUUAAGUCUUUUGGGUUGCAGUGUCAAGUUUUACUUGAUUUGUUGUUUGCUCCUAACAUUUACUCACUAAGCAAGUUUCUUACCUCUAAAAAAUGCUAUACUAGUUUAAAAUCAUAAUAAAAUUAUAUAUUCUUGUGUGGAAGAAGUUUCAAAAUGUCACAUUAAAUGUCAUAUAAUAAUAUUAUUGUUAUAUUACUAUUAUUAUUUUGCUGGCUAAUGAUGUUUAAGUGUUGGAUAAUUGUAAUGGGUACUGUAAUAUGUUGUUAUGAGGUGAAUGGUUAUGGUGAUGUGUUAGAAAUGACCUAACAAAUUUGUUUAAAAUUAUUGUAUGAUGAUUGAGCAACAUUGAUACAGCGUUGAUAAAGGGGUUGUGGAUCCUUUUUAACAACCGUUGACAUCAAAUACCUAAGCAGGAUAGCGGGUGUGAACAACAGCUUCCUGUUCUCAUUCCAGCAUUGAUUAUAGUCUCAUCCUCUUCUUUGUUUAAUGGAUCCAGCCACCUGCAGCAGUUUAUGGAUGCCGGUUAUACGUUUGUGAAUAAACUCUCAAAGCGAACGGAAGACUGCAGGGAGACAAUAUGCACAAUAUCCUCAAAUGUGUUUUGAGAUUCCAGAUUACACCGGAAUGAGUGUUGUUUGUCUGUCUGCCUAAAACACUCCUACAUCUGCACUUUUUAAGUGAUGCGUGUCAUUUUUUUUAAAUUAAAAAUAAAUGUUCCUCUUUCCAUGUAA